AAAAUGGUGCUUCUAGUGACGCUCCUGGAAGGCGCCAGCGACGUUGCGGACGCUGUCGCGAGCCAGGACAUCGAGUUGAGACCUGUUCAAUGCCUCAGUUAGCUAUACCAGAAAACGUAGAUCCUAGCCUACUUCCUAAUUAAUAAAUUGCUUCAGUAGUUGUUGAGAUAUUCAGGUUACGGUAGUGGGCCACGGUUGAGGUGGGCGACUCGGUGGUUUGGGCGACUCGCUGGUGGAUUACGUUAGUAACUACUUACUUCCGCGUGUUAGUUGCAAGUUCCAGUCUUUUCCAUACCCUUUCUCUCUAGAUCUUCUUGGGCACCAGGAGUAUUAGUAAAGGCGGCACAGUUAGCAUGGUCACUCCCAAGUACCUCACCGGCGAUAAGCCGGCCAUAGAUGAGUUCAUAGACAGAUUCGAUACAUUCUUGUUUGAUUGCGAUGGCGUCUUAUGGUCCGGAGAACAGGUCUACCCCAAGACCGUCGAAACGAUUCAGAUGUUGAAAGACAAAGGCAAGCGACUUGUUUUCGUUACGAACAACAGCACCAAGAGCCGAGCAGCCUACAAGCAGAAGUUCGACGCCAAAGGCAUUCCAUGCAACGAGGAAGAUGUCUUCGGUUCGUCCUACAGCGCCGCCAUCUACAUCUCCCGGAUCCUCAAACUCUCGCCCCCGCGCAACAAAGUCUUCGUCCUCGGCGAAGCCGGCAUCGAGCACGAGCUCGCGUCCUGCUCCAUCCCCUUCAUCGGCGGCACCGACCCGUCCCUCCGCCGCGACAUGACGCCCGACGACUACACCUCCAUCGCCUCGGGCGCCGCGCUCGACCCGGCCGUGGGCGUCGUGCUGAUCGGCCUGGAUUUCCACAUCAACUACCUGAAGAUGAGCCUCGCGCUGGCGUAUCUGCGGGCGGGGGCGCGGUUCCUCGCGACGAACGGCGACAGCACGCUGCCGAGCCACGGGACGCUGUUCCCGGGGGCGGGGGCGACGGGGGCGGGGAUCGUGCGGGCGUGGGGGGCGGAGCCGCUGGCGUUGGGGAAGCCGAGUCAGGCGAUGAUGGAUGCGGUAGAGGGGAAGUUUCACGUGGAUCGGACACGGACAUGCAUGGUGGGAGAUCGGUUGAAUACGGAUAUUCAGUUUGGGAUUGAGGGGGGGCUUGGGGGGACGUUGGCGGUGUUGACGGGGGUGUCGAAGAAGGAGGAGUUUCUAGGGGAGGGGAAGGAGAUCGUUCCGACGGCAUAUGUGGAUAUGUUGGGGGAUUUAUUGGGUUGAUCAAGACGAGCUGUCAUUGUGUUUCAGCAUUCAGACGGAGGACAUAGACAAGGCGAUAGCAGAGAGUCAUCAAAAGGGACUGUGAUCAUAAUAGAGUCGUGAUGGAUCGAUCCGAGAUGUAUGCACGUCGGACACAUUGCAACCACGCUCCCAGCGGUGAGUACCAAGAUUUUGACGCUCGCUAUAAAUUUGUGCACUUGAGAUAUCGAUUAUUAAAUGGAAGCUCCCUGCAAC